AUGGAAAGGGUUGUAGCUGGGGCCUUAACCCUGCCUUUGCCCUACCCUGCCCUCACCGCCCACACGCGCCUUCGAGUGCGGCAGGUAACAGGCGGCUCGGCGGAGGCCACGGUCUGGGCGCUGGACAACGUGUUCGUUGGGCGGUGUCCCAGAGGCUGCAGUGGGCGUGGUCUCUGUCAGCAGGAUGGGCGGUGCAAGUGUGAAUAUGGCCAUAGCGGCCCUGCGUGCGAGGAUUUCGAUAGAGAAAAUCCUCUGUAUGUGUCUGAACCUUUCACCAAUGCCAUUUCGGAUUCGGCCAACAUACUGCAGGUAGGGAGGAUUAGGGGAGAGAGAAUAGGGUGGGAUUAGGGCAGGGAUUAGGAU